AUGGUAAUGGCACUGAAAGGACACUUCUUGGGGCAGAUACCACAACCAAUGCAUAGGGACUCCGAGAUGAAGGCAAGCUUCGAAUCGGAUGCGACCUCAAUACAUAGCUUGCCACUGCGGACCACCGGGCACGACUUCUUGCAUUCUUGUCGACAUUUCUAG